GCCCCCCAGUGUUGUCAGGCGCGCGACCGGGUGCGGCGCGAGCUCUGUCUCGCGUUCCAGCAUUCGGUUUGCCGCAAGCUGCUGCUGCUAGUGCGUGUAGCCAUGGCGCCGUUGUGACAGUUCCCACAACGGGCGCUCCGCAACAGUCACGGGACACCACCGACGCCGCCUGCACUUUGAAACUAUUGCCGGCGCGCGCCUGUGUGCGCUGCUCUUCGGCGAGCAUCGAACACGACACCGUGAGACGAAGAAACGUUUCCAUCGUUGCUGCUGGCUGUCUGGCAGCGCACGUGCUUGACGCCUCAACAACGACCGCCGUUUUAGUAGUACGGCCCACGGUUGCAUGCUAACGCGCCCUUCCGCCCAACGUCGCCAUCAUGGAUUUGGCCAAGGUUUUGGACCAUAUCGGCGAGUACGGCCGGUUCCAGUUCUGCGUGCAGAUGCUGGCCUGCCUGCCGCCCAUACUGAACGGAGCGCAUCAGCUGGCUCACGUCUUUCUGGCGGCCACACCCGACCACAGAUGUUUCAUCGACGGCUGCGACGGAAACGGCACGGAGUUCCGCGAGCCGUGGUCGACGUACGCCAUCCCCGACGGGAGCUUGGACGAAGCUCAGUGCUACUGCUACGACCGCAACAUCUCGGCAUCGCAGAGCUGCACGCCCGAGGAUUUCCUGAGUACGUCACAGCGGUGCAACCGCUGGGUCUACUCUAAAGCCGAGUUUGACAGCACAAUCGUCACCGAUUUCAACCUGGUCUGCAAAGAUGAUUGGUUAGCUAGCACGUCGCAAUCUCUAUUUAUGGUGGGCGUCAUGGUUGCAUCGGUGCUGUUUGGCCAUAUAUCUGACCGAUAUGGACGCCGGAUCUGCUUCCUGUUCAUUCCGCCUGUGUUCUUGUUAACGUCGUGGGCUACCGUGUUGACCAGCAACUACGCGCAGUUCACGAUGACGCGCAUAAUGACGGCCAUGGGAUCUACCGCCCUCUACCAGGCGUCCUUCGUCCUAGCCGUGGAGUUGGUAGGCCCAUCGCGGCGACUGAUCAGCGUGCUGCUCUUCCAGCUAGCCUUCCCUGUGGGCGAGAUCCUGCUUGCUGCAGCUGCCUACAUGCUACCCAACUGGAGGCAUCUCUCCAUGGCCCUAGCAGCACCCACGAUCCUGCUUUUGCCCUACUACUGGCUUCUGCCCGAGAGCUUGGCAUGGUGCCUGCACAACAAAAAGGAGGCUGAAGCAAUUGCCGUUAUAAAUCGAGCUGCCAGAUGGAACAACAGGGCUCCUAUUGCCAACUUGGGCUCUGGCCAUGCUUGCAAUGGGUCCUGCGCAGAUCCGUGCAGCCACAACACGACACACACAGCCAGAGAUUCAUCGUCCUCGUCACUGGUUGAUCUCUUCAGGACUGCACGGCUUUGUUGCCGAACUCUCAACGUGAGCUUAAACUGGUUAGUAAAUGCCAUGGUCUACUACGGCCUAAGCCUCAGCGCAGAUACACUUGGUGGCUCGACGUUUCACAGCUUCGGGCUCUUGGCACUGAUAGAGAUUCCAGGGGUGUUCCUGGCUGUCAUAUCGCUGCAGUACGGUGGUCGGCGCGUCAUGCUCUCCGCCUUUCUGCUGCUGGCCGGACUCUUCUGCGUCGUUGUGCCUUUUAUUCCAGAAGAUUUACCGUGGCUGUCCACUACACUGGUCACUGUUGGCAAGUGCUUCAUCACGGCGUCCUUCGCCAUCAUCUACCUGUAUUCAGCUGAGGUGUUCCCCACUUCUCAUCGCAAUACAGCCAUCGGAAUCGGGAGUAUGAGUGCUCGUAUAGGCACUAUUGCAUCUCCAUUCAUUGCAUAUGACCUGGGCAAGGUGCACCCAAUUAUGCCCAUGAUAGUUUUCGGAGUGCUGUCUCUCGUGGCGGGCAUCCUUACCUUGGCUCUGCCAGAAACCAAAGGCCUUAGGCUCCCGGAAAACAUGCAGGAUGCGGAGAACCUUGGCACACCUUACUAUCUUAGCACAGAAGAAGAGAGGACAUCUCUCAUCGAACAUUCGUCCUUGAACUGAUCACUCCAUCCUUUUUUCUUUCUGUGCUUUAA